AUGGCCCACGCAGGAAUCAAGACGGUCAUUCUCCUGUCGUUUGUACUUGCCGUCGGGUUCCUGCUCAUCAUUCUGUCUUGUGCUCUGUGGUCGAAUUGGCUCCCUCUCCUUGUCGCGUUGACGUUUGUGCUUGCGCCUCUACCGAACGCACUGUCCGCAAGUUGUGGGGGUGACGAGUUCACCGCCGACUACGAUGGGCCAGGGCGCGGAGAUCUCGCUCGGUUCAUUACUGCGACAAUUGUAGUCACCGGGUUCGCAUUUCCUCUGGUGCUGGCGCACUCCGAGGUGAUCUACCCUGGAGCAUGUGCAAUGUCCAUCGUCGGUGGAGCUUUGGUGUACGGAACAAUUCUGGCGUACAGUGCUACAUUCAGGCAGGACGAUUCUUCUGAGUUCGAUUAAGU